GAUAAUGAGGAAAUUGAAAUUAUCUUUGAUAGCCAAUGAGAGAUCAAGAAAAAAAACAUUCAUGAAGAGGAAGAAAGGGAUAACGAAGAAACUUCACGAGUUGACAACUCUUUGUGGUGUCCAAGCUUGUGGGGUCAUCUACAGUCCGUAUAUGUCGGUACCAGAGGUUUGGCCGUCAAAGGAAGGUGCACAAGAGGUGGCAAUGAAGUUUAUGGAGAUGCCGAUGGAAACAAGAAACAAAAAGAUGAUGGAUCAAGAAACGUAUUUGCGGGAGCAGAUUACCAAAAUCAAAGAGCAAGUAGACAAGCUGGCUGUUGAGAAUCGGGAGUUACAAGUUAAACGAUUUAUGUUUGAUUGUCUUGAAGGAAAGAUGUCGGAGUAUCAUUAUGGUGCAAGUGACCUUCACGAUUUGCAUCGCUAUAUUGAUCAAUAUAUCAAUCAGCUUACUCAAAGGAUGCAAAUUCAUUUAGAAAAUGGUGAGUCUUCUUCUUUAUCUCCUCUUCCUAUUGGAGUUGCGGAUAUAGAUCCUUCUGCUGUUGCAGAUUUUGCUGUUGGUGUGAAUACAGCCGCGGUAAGUGCUGCUAGAGAGUUUUGUGCUCAUAUUCCAUACCAAAAUAUGAAUAUGAAUCAAAAUCUGCAAGAACCGGUUCAAUAUCAUACUUCGCAUGAUUUUUAUGGUCAUAUUCAAGGAGUCUACAAUAACAUGACUUGGAAUCAUGAUUUGAAUUUUCAUUUAAAUCAUAACAUGAAUUUGAAUGUAGAUCUGAAUUCCAAUCAGUAUCUGAAUCAAGAAAACUCAUUUAAUGAUAUGAUGUUGGCACAAAAUGUGGGUUAUGAUGGAGGACAUGCUAGAAUUCCUUUGAUAGAUGGAAACCACUACAACUAUCACCAACAACCAACUGGUGAUCUUGCCAUCACCAAUCACAUGCCUUCCAUCACCUCCUCUACCACCUCUACUACCAGUGUUUAUGCUUCAUACAUUAACAAUAAUCUUUAAUUAAAAGAAGCAUAUUUUUACUGUAGUUUUCAGUU